GUUCUUUUGGGGUAUAUUCGCUCCUCUUCCGUUGUAGAGACUCUCUCGCUGUGAAUUAAAUCUAACACCAAACCAAUCACAAAUGCACACAUAUUCUCAUGUAUUUGUAGAGAGAGAGAGAGUGCUGAACUUGGCAGCCUUGGCUGUUGCAAAUUCUUCUCCGAUGAAUAUGAUGGACUUGUCCUAAUAAACCAAGGUGGACUUCUAUUCCUUAAAUUAUAGUGUUAGUAUUUUUCAAUGCGGAAUUUCUCCUUCCCUAAAUUUUUUCUGGGUCGUGAAGAUGCGAUCUUUUUAGUGUUCGCCUCUUGUUUGUGUAAUCCAACAUCUGCACAUCCGUCUUCUUUUCUUUUUCCCUAAUUCUGAUUUUCAAGAUCCAAUCUUUUUUUUUUUUUAUCUGGUUAUGAUUAUAUUUUAAGCAACCGUGGGGUGGGGUGGGGUCGACCGUCUGUUUUAUUGCUUCAAUGUCAAAAUUGAACGUGACUCCCAUUCAGUUUAACAAUUGAGAUAAUCCCCCUUUAGGGUGUUGAGCAAGGCGUGGAAUUCCGAUGGUUAAAUUUGCUUAAAUGAAAAUGCUGAAUCAUGUUUCAAUAUUUUUUUGUUUGGUUUGAGAUCUCGAGUUCAGAUCAGUCAUGUUUAUGAUGUGUGUGAUUCAGACAAUUUUAUAUUUUCCAAUGCCUUUUUGGACUUGAUUUGAUAAUGAAGAUCCAACUUGAUAUAGUUUGUGCGAGUCAUUUGAAUGAUCUUGUGUUGAUUAUUUCUCGGUGAGUAAGUACUUUCCUUGCAUACUGGGGAUUAUUUUCCUUGCCUAAUUACCCCAUCGGACUUAAAUGCCUGUUAUAUGCAAGAGGUACUUUAUUAUGUUUACGUGUUUUAUGGACUUUCAUAAGAUUAAGGGAGUGAAAGAACAAAGAAGUCCAUAGAUCUCCUUGUAUUUGUAUUUGCAGAGAUAGCUUAUUGCAUACUGCUACAUUUGCUCACCCAAGGCUUAACUUUGCAGAGCCUGUUUAGUCUCCACAAUGUUUUGUGAAUGAUGGUUUGUCAGCGGUUCAUGAAAAGAAUCAAUCAGCAGGAUCGCUGUUCUACACUUGUUUGUAAAUAUAUGUAGAGCGAGGAUUGACUAAUAGUGGCAGCAGAUCUAAAUAGCUCGCAUUUGUAGUCAUUUAAUUUUUUCAAUGGAGGGUUCAGUUUUGCCUCCAUCCCAGAAAACAUCCCGUAAAUGUGCUAAUCAUAGUAAGGAUCUCUGGCUGGUUGUGCGAGAGGGCUCUGUAUCUGAUGUAGAUUCAGCCUUGUUGAUGCUAAAGAAAAAUGGGGGAAACAUUAACGCGAGGAACCUGUUUGGGCUCACACCUUUGCAUAUUGCUACCUGGAGGAACCACAUACCAGUUGUGAGAAGGCUUCUUGAAGCUGGUGCAGACCCUAAUGCGAGGGAUGGGGAAUCAGAGUGGAGUAGCCUUCACAGGGCUCUCCAUUUUGGACAUUUAGCAGUUGCUUGUGUCCUCCUCCAAUUUGGCGCCUUGUUGACAUUGGGGGAUUCGAAAUCUAGAACACCAAUUGAUCUCUUGUCUGGGCCUGUACUGCAGGCUGUUGGCAAGGAAACCAGUUCGAUAAAUACAGAAGUCUUUAGCUGGGGCAGUGGUGUAAACUAUCAACUUGGAACUGGAAAUGCACACAUCCAGAAGUUACCAUGCAAAGUGGAAUCUCUUCAUGGUUCAUUCAUCAAAUCUAUUUCUGCUGCAAAGUUCCACAGUGUGGCAGUUAGUGCAUGUGGGGAAGUUUACACUUGGGGAUUUGGAAGGGGUGGCCGCCUAGGGCAUCCCGACUUUGAUAUACACAGUGGCCAAGCUGCAGUCAUCACUCCUCGUCAAGUGACAAUGGGUUUAGGUGCACGUCGAGUUAAUGCUGUUGCUGCUGCUAAACAUCACACUGUUGUUGCGACAGAGGGUGGAGAAGUAUUUACAUGGGGUUCCAAUCGAGAGGGUCAGCUUGGCUAUACUUCUGUUGACACGCAACCUACUCCUCGUAGAGUAAGUUCCUUGAAGGCAAGAAUAGUGGCUGUUUCUGCAGCAAAUAAACACACAGCGGUAGUUUCACUGGCUGGUGAGAUAUAUACAUGGGGUUGCAAUAGAGAGGGCCAACUUGGUUAUGGCACCUCUAACUCAGCUUCAAAUUACAGCCCGAGGGUAGUGGCAUACUUGAAGGGUAAACACCUCGUUGGAGUCUCUGCAGCAAAGUAUCACACUAUUGUUUUAGGGUCUGAUGGGGAGGUGUUCACUUGGGGUCAUCGACUUGUUAACCCUAGACGUGUAACCAUUGCUAGAAAUAUUAGGAAAGCUGGAAAUACUGUGCUGAAAUUUCAUCGCAAGGAACGCCUUACUGUUGUUGCUAUAGCCGCUGGCAUGACACACAGCACAGCACUUACAGAUGAUGGUGCAUUGUUCUACUGGUCAUCUUCAGAUCCUGAACUUCAGAGUCACCAGUUACACUCACUAUGUGGGAAAGGGAUAGUUAGCAUAUCUGCUGGGAAAUACUGGACUGCUGCAGUUACUGUGACUGGUGAUACUUACAUGUGGGAUGGUAAGAAGGGACAAGAUUCUCCACCUAGUCCAGCUAGGCUGCAUGGGGUGAAGAAAGCAACCUCAGUAUCAGUUGGAGAAACGCAUUUGCUGAUUGUUAGCUCACUCUAUCAUCCAUGCUAUCUUCCCCAGUUUGCUGAUCCACAACAAAAGGUCAAGGGUGAAAUAGAUGAACUGCGUGAAGGUUUCAUGUUUGAUGAUGUAGAGAAUGAGGAUGUGUUGUCCGAUAUGAAGGAUGAUAUUGAAAAUCCAGCACUGCCCAGUUUUAGAAAUUCUUAUGAGAAGCCAAGCGUACCGAGCUUAAAAAGUCUUUGUGAAAAAGUAGCUGCAGAGCAUUUGGUUGAGCCAAGAAAUGCCAUACAAGUGCUUGAAAUUGCAGAUUCCCUGGGAGCAGAUGAUCUCAAGAGACAUUGUGAGGAGAUUGUGAUUCGUAACCUAGAUUAUGUACUCGCAGUGUCAGCGCAAACUUUUGCUGGCACGUCAUUGGAUAUUUUGGUUGAUCUUGAAAAACUUCUAGACUUGAAGUCAUCAGAGCCAUGGAGUUGUCGUCAGCUUCCUACACCCACUGCAAAAUUUCCAGCUAUAAUAAAUAGUGAAGAUGAGAAUGGUGAAGAUGAUACACUUAGGACGCGCGUUGAUGGUACAAACGGGAUAAUUUUAUGCAAAGAGGGAGCUCAUAGGUUAGAUGGCUUUUUACAAUCCGAUGAUGUUGCAGUGGAAGGUGUCCACAAAAGAAUCAGAGCUUUGAGAAAAAAGUUGCAGCAGAUUGAGCUGCUUGAGGAAAAACAAUCUAAGGGCCAUCUUCUCGAUGGCCAGCAGAUUUCCAAACUUGAAAUGAGAUCGGUGCUGGAGAAUUCACUUGCUGAGCUUGGUGCGCCAAUUGAAACUGUUCAACCAAUAGCAUCUUCCGUGGUAGAUGAAAGAGGGAGUAAAAAAGCAGAAUCUAGAAAACAAAGAAGAAAGAACAAAGAAAAGGCUGCCCAGAAGGAAGAUGGUUGUAGUGAUUUAGCUAUUGAUUCUGAGCCAGGCAUCAUGAAGGGCUUCCUGGAUGCUGAAGUUCGCGAAGAGAUCAAUAAGGUUCAGGAGAAAGCUACAGAUUCUGGGAGUUUUGUGGCAAUUCACCAGACCACGGUUUCUAAAUCUCAUUGUAAGAAGGCAGCUGGAGAUGUUCCCCCAGAUGUGAUUGCUUCUCCAACUCCAUCUAAGAAAAAGAACAGGAAAGGCGGGCUUUCUAUGUUUCUCAGUGGGGCCCUUGACGAUGUUCCAAAAAGUGUUGCCCCACCUCCGCCUGUCUUGAUGCCGAAAAGUGAGGGUCCUGCUUGGGGUGGUGCUAAAGCUUCUCAGGGACCAAAGUCGCUUCGCAUCAUACAGGACGAGCAGAGCAAGACCGAGACCAAGCCCACAAAGAAGAAAGAGUCAGAAGAUCAUUCCGAAGGCAACAACGGGAAACUCCCAUUAAGUUCAUUCAUCUGUUCCUCUCCAAUAGUUAUGGCCCCUGCUCGGAAAUCACCAAUAUCUCCCGAUGGAGAUAGAAACACACCACCUUGGGCGGCAUCUGGAACUCCCCCCUCCUUUUCCCGUCCAUCUCUAAGGGACAUCCAAUUCCAGCAGGGAAAGCAGCAGCUUGGAGUUUCUCAUAGCCCAAAGAAUAGCACUACUGGAUUCUCCGUGAUGAAUGGCCCGGGAUCGCCAUCAGAAUCUGCUGGCUUGAACCGUUGGUUCAAACCAGAGGUCGAUGCUCCCUCGUCACUUCGCUCGAUUCAGAUUGAAGAGAGGGCUAUUAAAGACCUGAAGCGCUUCUACAGCAAUGUUAGGAUUGUAAAGAACCAGUCGUAAAGUGGGAAGAUGUAGUUUUUUCAAGCAUCCUCUGUACAUUGAUCUGUACAGUUCAAUUAUUUUUUCACUUCCUAAGCUAGUUGCCUCCAAUUUCUUUCUUAGUUGUAUUAGUUCCAAAAUAUCAAUGCUGUAGAUUUGCAUUUUAUACAUGCUUAUUAUCUGCCAUUGAUGGCCUAUGCAUAGUUAGAAUUGGCCCAAAUCAUUUUAUUUUGGGGCCCAACUUGAAUAAAAGUGGCCUAUUCAAAGUUGACCUGUACAAGUAGAAUAUGGUUCCUUAAGCAAUAAAGUAUUAGAUGUUGGCUGGUUUUCCAGUAAUCGAAUUCA